AUGGCGACAAAAUCAGAAGGCGAGGGACAAGACUCCAUUAUCAUCGCUGAACUCGAUCCGGAGAAGACAGUUCCAGCCUCUGAAAACAUUGAACCGGCACCAGAUAGCGGCGCAAGAGCAUGGGUCGUUGCAGCUGGUGGCUCAUGUCUCUUCUUCUGUUGCCUGGGUUUCUCGAAUGCAUUUGGCACUUUUGAGGAGUACUACCUGGCACACCAGCUCCGUGGAGAAUCACUAGACAAUAUUGCUUGGAUUGGGUCUCUAUCAGCUUUCCUCCAAUUCGCAUCAGGCCUUGUUGGAGGACCGCUGUUCGAUCUCUUUGAUCGUACUCCCAGUCGCAGUUGCAUACGUCUUCGCUAUGAUGAUGUUGAGUCUGUGCAAAAAGUACUGGGAAGUCAUGCUCGUGCAAGGCGUUCUGAUCGGAAUAGUCAUGGGAUUCCUGCAGUUGCCAGCAAUCGCAGCAGUAUCACAAUAUUUCGACAAGAAACGAGCAGCUGCCCUUGGGGUGGUCAUGUCUGGAUCGUCAAUCGAGAUCGAAAAUUCAUCCUCCUGAUUGUCUCGCUAUUCUUCAUGUUCAUUGGCAUGUUCGCUCCACUUUUUUUCAUCCCGACAUAUGCGGUCACGAGAGGCAUGAGCCCAACGCUUGCCGGUUACAUGUGUGCGAUUCUCAACGCGGCCUCGACAUUCGGUCGUAUCAUUCCUGGUGUUCUGGCGGACAAAUACGGGAGAUUAAACGUUUUUGCCGCUGGUGGUCUGGUUAGUGGUGUCAUCAUCUUCUGCAUGAAUUCGGCAAAAUCCGAUGCAGCGGUGAUCGCCUAUUCAGUCGCCUUUGGCUUCAGUUCUGGAGCAAUCAUCUCCGGCGCUUCCGCUGCCUUUACCCUCUGCUGUAAAGAUCCCAGAGAUCUGGGUACAUACAUGGGAAUGGGCUUGUCCCUCAGCGCUCUUGGAGGAGUGAUUGGCCCCCCGGUGAAUGGAGCAAUCAUCAACAACUAUGGGAGAUUCUUUCAAGCAUCCAUGUUCAGCGGUGCAGUAUGCUUGUUCGGCAGGUUUAUUGCACUUCUGACCAAGCUUACAGCUCCUCAAGGUCUUUUGGGAAAGGCAUAAUGCUUGAUGCUUCCCGACCUAUCUGAAUUGCGCAACAAAUUGGGGCUUCAGGAGAGAGAAGUCAUAUAUUAAAAAUUGUCUAAACUUGACAAGGAAGUUAGUUAUAAUUCCAAUGUUCUUGCAGAGUUGCUAGAUGCAAAUGGAAUAUGUG